UGAAAGAGGUGGAAGAGGUGACGGUGGUGGUGGUCGAGGAAGAACGAGUGUCAGAGGUGGUAGUGGUGGUCGUAGAGGGAGCACAAGUGCUGGAGGUGCUAGUGUUCGUAGAGGGAGCACAAGUGCUAGAGGUGGUGGUCGAGCUAGCACAAGUGCUAGAGGUGGUGGUCGAGCAGGCACAAGUGCUAGAGGUGGUCGUGGUCGAAGAGGAAGCACAAGUGCUAGAGGUGGUCGUAGAGGAAUGGUUGAUAAUGGAUCGGCCUUCGGUUAUUUGUUUAAUCCAGAUGGUUGAUCUAAUAAUAAUGGUAUAUUAUUUGUUCAUACAAUUCCUAGCAUUUAUGCAUUUGCUCUCUUAAUGUCUUGUGCUAACAAUUGUUCUUUUUGUAGGCAUGGCUUCAUCCGGUUCCAGGACGAGGCCACCGUGCGCGGACCAAGAGGACAUGCCGAAGACGUGGUUGGAGGCCAGUUUGGACAAGAAGAAGGAGAAGGAUGUGCCCACACCACCAUGUUGGUGUGGUGAUGUUUGCAAGCUGAAGGUGUCCACUGACCGCAACAAGUCAUGGACAGAAGGUAGAAGGUUUUUCGUGUGUCCCAACUGUGCACAUGAUCGUCGAAGGCCAACUAACGCAUAUGACAUACCACCGUCCCCUCCUCCACUUUGCAAGUACUUCACUUGGAUAGAUCACGAGGUACCAAAAGAUAUCCAAGAGGACCAACGUGCAGAUUGGUUACGGAGGCAGCGCCUAUUCGAGGAGUCCUAUGCACGGGGAUUGGAGCGGGAGCGUCGUGAGAAGGAGGCUCGUGAGCGCAAGAAGCGUGAGCAAGAGAGGGCACGCAAAGAGAAGGCGGCUCGUCAAGAAGAGAGGGCAAGCAAACUUGCAAGGGCUCGCGAUGCACGAGAGGAGGACGAGGCACGUGACAAGAAGGGAAAGUGGCCCCGGACUACUCAGUAGACAAAUGGAAAGGCACCGGCGUCGAUGAUGAACUGUCGAGACUUUGUUUAAUGUAUGAACUUAUUAUUCGAGACCUUGUGUGGUCAUGAACUAUUUCUGUCAUUCGAGACUAUUUGAGAUUAUGUGCAAACUAUGUUCGUCAUUCGAGACUAGUUGA